UUCUCGAGAACUUGGAUGAGGCCUGUAGCUUCCUGGCGGAUGUCGACUGUCUUGGACAAAGCAUGGCGCUAAAUUUGGGUGCCCGCUCCAUUGGGCUAAGCAGGGUGGUCUUGCAGGCCUGUAGACCGGCUUGCAUCGCUUUCCUCGACACAAAGCGCAUGUUGGAGGCAGAGGCCAAUGGCACUGGCGCACUACAUGCAUUGGGGAAUUGCCACCAGCCGUUCAGCUGGGGGGUUGCUCGUUUUUCCUACUUAGUCCUGCCAGCAUGUGCAAAGUCUGCCAUCAGAUUCGUGAGGUCUCCUGGAGACAUUUCCGGCGGGCACUCCCGCACCUUCGGGGCAAGCGCUAUAGCAGCGGCGGAAAAAGAGGACGCAGAAGACCUCAAAGAACAAGGGGCAGAGAAGCUAAGAAGGGCGAGUGGGCAAAACAAUGAGGACAAUUCCCUUUGGAGGCCGUCUGAAUGGAGAGAGGAGAAAGUGCUCAGGGGGGAGCUCUUGCGGAGCUUGAGAGAGUGGCCCCCGGACGCGGAUCUGGAUGAGAGGCUGCCGAACGGAACAAUAGGUGGACGACCGUUUGGUGUCAGAUCACUGGCUAGUGCCCUGUACCAACUCUCAGACCCGCUGGAAAACUCUAGGAGGGACAAGAGCGCCAAACAGAGGGUUAACUUGGGAGAAACCACAUACCGGUGCAGCACAGAGGAUGCACAGCGGGCUCUAAAUGUACUUGACUGGUGGCUCUCAAAGCAACCUCAGGACUCGAGCAAUUCUGUGGAUAUGUUGUUUAGUCCAGUUCUGCAGGCCCUCCGAGCGGCGAGAUACACGGAUGCAAUCUCCAGGCUGUGGGACAGGUACCGCUCCCGCGCUGAAAGGAAUAAACGGCUCAUCCCCAUCUUCCUCGCUGCCUGUCUCCGGGCCAACAUGUUUGAACAAGUCCUUAAGAUGUACGAGGAAGUGCAAGCAAACGGUUGGUCGACAUCUUCAAAUAGUGCGAACCUAGUAAUCAAGGCAAUGCAUGCGCAAGGCCGCUCGCGAGACGAAGUCUGGGCACUCUAUAAGAGUUUGGUCGAAAAGACGGGGCUGACAAUCGAGUGGCCCACAGUGGGAGCCCUUUUGACCUCUGGUAUUACAGUUGAGGAGUUUCUAAGUUUGAAAUAUAGGUAUCCUUUGGAUCAAAAAAAGAAACUAGUCCGUGCACUUGUUGAGCUGGGCCGGGCGAAUGAGGCGCGGGAGAUUGUCCGUGAGAUGCUGGAUCUACAAGAACGAGCCCCGCCACUACCCAUUGUUAGUUUCAUUAGUCUAUUAAGGGUGCUUAUUGAUUCUGGACUUCAAGCGGAAGCUCAGAUGUUGGCAGAUCAACAAGAGCGGCUAGGCGUCCAACUAGAUGGGGCAUUGCGCUUCUUCUUGAGAACAGUGAAGGAGCCAGAGACAGCGCUCACAGCCUAUAAAGCACUAGAAGCAAUCAAGGGAUCCCACCAUGACAGCCUGGCAGUGCAAGCGCUGCUUAUCAAGAGGUGCUACAGUAAUCGCAGGCUGACCAAGGCAAUGUACCAGGCGUACUUGGUCGGCAAGGGGUUAGAGGCCGACUUCUAUGCAGUCGACUUCGCAAACGUGAUUGAACGAUUGGCGGAAAAGAAUUGGGCCGCUGAAGCGGAGGGUGUGUUGGCGGACUACUUCGCAGUGCGGCGCAAAAGGCAGGAACCUCAUGUCCUGCCAGAACGAGCUUUUCAAGAGUUGGCGUCUAUGUAUUUGAGAGCCCAUCAGCCGGAGAAGCUGGUGGGACUGGUCAAGGACAUGGUCAAGCAAGCCUACUUCGUGAGCAACGGGCUCAUAGUGAGCUGGUGGAAUAAGCUGAAAGCUGGCGACCAUGCUGCGGAGGCCGAGGAGCUGCUGGUCGCCCAAAAGAAGAUGUCGCAGAUGCGGCAAGACGGGGAAGCGGAGAGGGGUCGGAGAGAAAAGGAUCCGAGGGGACAUUUGACGAAGCUACGGAAGAGGGGCCGGCCGGAGCAGACGCGCCAACUGGAGAGAGAAGGCUCCGUGAGAACAGUCAAUGACCGUUGUGUCGCCGUCCGCUUCGUUGGCCUUACUGGCAGCGCUGGGCCACGUCGUGCAAUCAGCGGCGGUGCUGGAGGCCCGAGCUACACCGACGGGCAAUCUGUAACACCGGCUGCAAACCCGACGGACGAUUCUCAAUCCAAACAGUGCUCCGAACACGGCCCAGCCAGGUGGCAGUCCUCGAUUUCUACUUUCGGUCUUCCUUAG